AUCAUCUUUCUAUUCCAGCCAACGGCGACUACGACUCCCAUCACCUCCACCACUUCAUCACACACAACCCUCGUGGCAGCUGCAUCUCACUCCUUUCACACACGCACAAAAUAAAAACCACGUUCGGAAAGAAAAGGAAAGAAAAAAUCUGGUCUCACAUUUCGCUAUCGCUGAAUAACAAUUUACAAUUUGCCUUUUUUUUCUUCUUCUUCCUCCCUCCCUCGCCUUGAUAUCAAACUAGGUCGCAGCAAUCAUGUCACUCCCUACUUGUCGGUUUUACGAGGAGAAAUAUCCGGAGCUUGAUAGCUAUGUUAUGGUCAAUGUUAAGCAGAUCGCAGAAAUGGGAGCAUAUGUGAAGCUUCUGGAAUACGACAACAUCGACGGCAUGAUCUUGCUUAGUGAGCUUUCCAGACGGCGUAUCAGAUCUAUCCAAAAACUCAUUAGAGUUGGAAGAAAUGAGGUUGUGGUUGUCUUGAGGGUCGAUGAAGAAAAAGGAUACAUUGAUCUUUCCAAGCGUCGUGUAUCUGCCGAGGACGUUGUCAAGUGCGAAGAGAGGUACAACAAGAGCAAGAUGGUACACUCCAUUCUCCGGCAUGUCGCCGAGAAAACAAAGGAGCCUAUCGAAAACCUCUACGAAAAUAUUGGUUGGCCCUUGAUGAAGAAGUACGGCCACGCUGUCGACGCAUUCAAAUUCUCGAUUACCAAUCCGGACGUAUGGGAAGGCAUCCAGUUCCCCUCAGAAGUUGUCAAGACUGAACUCCAAACCUACAUCUCCAAGCGCCUAACCCCCCAACCAACCAAAGUCCGCGCAGAUGUCGAAGUCACCUGCUUUGGAUACGAGGGUAUCGAUGCCGUUAAAGAUGCCCUCAGGAAAGCCGAAGCAAAGAACACCGUUGACACACCCGUCAAGGUCAAGCUCGUCUCGCCACCCCUUUAUGUCCUUACAUCUCAGUGCCUAGACAAAAAUACCGGCAUUCAAGUCCUCGAGGAGGCUAUCACUGAGAUCCAAACUUCAAUUUCCGCUGCCGGCGGCAGCUGCAUAGUCAAGAUGGCGCCCAAGGCGGUCACUGAGAACGAUGACGCAGAGCUACAAGCCCUAAUGGACAAGAAGGAGCGCGAGAACCAGGAGGUCUCUGGUGAUGAAGACGAGAGCAUUAGUGAUGAAGAGGCUUAAUUUCUCGGUCUUCUUUUCAGGCUUUUUCGAUUUAUAGUUCUUUUUCCUUUUAAUGGUCGUUAAAAAAUAACAAAGCCGGCUAAUGCAUGGGGACCCCCACUGAGGAAGGGAUGGGUUCUUGAUUCGUCGCAUGUAUGUUACUGUGCGUACCUGGUAUGAUGCCACGCAUGGAUGACAAAAAGUUCUGUUUCUUUUUUCCUUUCCUUCUUCCUUCCUUCCCUUCUACCACCUCUCCGUGCUCUUUCACGCCUUGCUUCUCCCUAUUGUUUGGCUGUUCUCAUGAUCUUGGGCGCUGGCACGAAAACGAGUAUGAGCACAGUGCACUGUGGGUAAGGAGGGGCAAAAAUGAUGAGGGGCGUUCAUAGAAAGCAUAAGUUACAAUA